AACACACUCACAUUGUGACAUAGAGACGGGGAGAGAGAGCAGGAGCUCAGCUAAGGCGUCAUCUCUGCUCCGGGGAGAGAUCUGUAGUUUUUGGCCAGCACCUCAUGAGAGGUGGAAAGCUGAUGACAACGUUGCUGCUGUGGGACUGAAAAGGACAAAAACACAGGACCAACUUUUGACAAAGAGAAGGAAUUAUGCCAUGAGGACAUCUCUUUAAUGGACCUGAAUGUGGAUAUGUCAUCAUUCCCUCUGUGGACUCAGACGUUUGUGUUGGUUGGGGAUGCCUUGAAUGGAAAGGGAACACAUUUGUCUGACUAGCUCAUCUGAGUAAGUAAAGCUCAGCCUACAACUUGUGGGGUGCAGCCUGGUUGAGAGACAAGACGGGGGGAGGGGUGGACGCUUGAGCCUGAAUCUCUGUCCUUGGGGAGGGGACUUUUCAGCAUGAGGUAAUUCCCACAAGAACUACCUCAAGACAGGGGAGACAAUCAUGUUAACCAUGUGCAGCACUUCUCUCUCACAUGGACAGUUGUGUUCAUGCCAGUAGCCUGAUUUCUUAGACGACUGCAUGCUUUCCUCUCCCUUCAUUAUAGAGGGCAGCCCAAUGAUUGUAUAGCUAUUACAUAACAAACACCCCUUGUCCCUCCACUCCUUGUCUCUCAGAAUGUACAGUACCGUCUCCCCCACGCCACAGACUGGAAUUAACUCAACAAACAGCUUUACAUGCAACAAGACUGAUGAUUUCAAAUACCCUCUGUACAGCACCAUCUUCAGCCUUGUGUUUGUGGUGGGACUGAUCACAAAUGUCAUAGCCAUGUAUAUUUUCACCUGCUCUCUGAAGCUGAGGAACGAGACCACGACUUACAUGAUGAACUUGGUAGUGUCUGACCUGUUGUUUGUCUUCACACUGCCUCUGAGGGUCUUUUACUUCAUCAACCAGAACUGGCCUUUUGGAAGAAUACUUUGCACGGUCUCCGUCUCACUGUUCUAUACCAAUAUGUAUGGCAGCAUGCUGUUCCUCACCUGCAUUAGCGUGGAUCGCUUCUUAGCCAUUGUGCACCCUUUUCGCUCUAGGACACUCAGGACCAAACGCAAUGCUAAGAUAGUGUGUAUUGCUGUGUGGGUGCUGGUGCUGGCUGGAAGUCUUCCCGCAGGGUACCUGUUAGAGUCAACCCCUAAUGAGAAUAAGACAAAUGCCAUUUUCUGCUUUGAGAACUUCUCCUCCAAACAGUGGAAAUCUCAACUGUCCAAAGUGGUGAUCUUCAUAGAGACAGUGGGCUUUUUCAUCCCACUGCUACUCAACGUUUGUUGCUCCAUCAUGGUGCUGCAGACCCUGCGUCGCCCCCAAACCAUCAGUCGUGGGGGGAAGCUGGACAAAAAAAAGAUCCUGCGUAUGAUAAUGGUACAUCUCUCUAUUUUUUGUUUUUGCUUCAUCCCCUACAAUGUAAACUUGGUUUUCUACGCUCUUGUCCGAACCAAUACCUUGAAGGGCUGUUUUGCGGAGUCUGUGGUCCGAACCAUCUACCCCAUAGCCCUCUGCAUUGCUGUAUCCAACUGCUGCUUUGAUCCCAUUGUUUACUACUUCACUUCAGAGACCAUCCAGAACUCUAUCAAGAGGAAGUCUCAAACCAGCCACAUGUAUGACCACAAGUUCUCUGAGGCCAUGCACUCAGAAACCAGCUCCACCGUGCAGUACAGCCUGAGGAAUCUCAAAGCUAAAGUGUUCAACAAUGAGUCUUCAGUGUGACAGUGGGAUUGCUAAACUCUGCAGUAUUAAAAUCUAUCCUUCCAUAGAAUGGGGCAAUGGGAUAGCACUUUUAGUGCUUUAAGAAGCACGUGUCAAACAAGUAUUAUCUCAGUCUUCAUCUCAGGGCAAAUGUUUGGACCUGGACAUGUUUGGCCUCUGCAGUAUUACUGCUACAUGACCGUUUGUUCACAGCUGUGGAUUAUUACUGUUGCUUUCCCUUUCCUGUGGAAUAUACUGUAAUUGUGUUAAGCACAACUGCUCUGCCAGUGACCUAGAAGGGAAUGUGAUCACUGAACAGCAGCACAGUUAUGCUAUACUGUAGAAUGCUACAUGUGCAUGUAUACGUGUAUAUUUCCAUGGUAAGUUUAGAAUAGUAUUUGUUAAUUUAACAUGAAGUUAUAUCAAGAUAUAUAUUGUACAGGGGUUUGUGUUUCUACAUUGUGAAUUACAAGUAGGUCACAGUAGGCCCUUUUUGUUCUGGCAACAUUUCAUUGUAAUUUGUUCAUCAUUAAAUGCACUGACAUGUCAGCAGACAGGUGUAACUUCAUACCAUUUAACUGCUAAAUGUAAAUGUUUGUUGUGCAAAUGAGGAGGCAAAGAAGAGGAAAUAGAAAGUAGACUGUGUCUGUCUGACUGGCAGUGGGGAGUGCCAGCUUCUUGUGUGGCAAAUAGUGGGGGAGGAGCGGAAGUCCUCAUUAACAAAAACUGACAACGAUGGACUAUUCACAAUAAAUAAAUAUGUACAGUAUGUAAGUGUGGUGUAAGAACCAGCAAGAGGAUUACGCUUCUAACAGUCAUUGGCCAUAACUGAAAACAUUUCUCAUGACAUUAAAUUUAUAAAAAACAACAUCAAAGUCGAAUUAUAUAUAAAAAAUAUUAAUAAAAAUGUGCUGUUUGCAGUGCACUAAAAACAGAUAUAUGAAAUAUUUGCCAACUAUGGAUACAUGUACAAGUGAGGAGUAUACACAGCGUGAGAGUGAAUAACUGAAAACAUAUGUUACUCUAAACUUUACUGGCAUAGCUUGAAGAUCAGUUAGCGGCAUAUUAGUCAUACCCUUGACUCACAUGGCAGUCAUACCCUUGACUCACAUGGCAUCAGUACCACAGUUAUGCACACAACUGGUUUUAUUGCCAUGUGUGAAAUUUAAGGACUGUGUUAAAAACCUGGGAGUUUUGAAACCAAACAUACAGUUUAACACUGAGGCAAUUCACAUCAUCUGCACAUCAAUAACUAUAACUCCUCCAAGACUGAGCAGACAUCUUACCAUCUAAUUCAAGAGGAUUACCACACAUCAUAAAUCGAUUGCUAUGCAUAGUUCUGUGGCCAUGUCAGGAAGUCCUCAGCUUGUGUAUUCCGCACAUACAACCUUUAUUUGACUGCCUGAUUUUCAUGGUUGUUGUCAUCUGUGCCAAAGGUCAGGGCCGACACAGAAAGGGACAGAUAACAAACAAACAAACAAACAAAGGAAUUAAACUUUUUAGUUGUCAUUUUGUAUCUAAAGCAAAUACAGUAAGUAAGGGAAGUAAGCUCUGGUCUUACUGAAUGUUUCAUUAAAACCUUCCUCAUUUACAAUAACUGAUGUAACUUCUUGGAAUUUCUGUGUUGUUCCCAUUUUAUUGCUUAAUGUCAAGAACAUCGAGCUGUGUAGUCACUAAACACUAAAACUUGUAGGAGUGUAGUGCAUCAGGGAUUGCGUCUCCCACGUGAGCCCAGCAGGCUCCUCUGCACACACAGCAAUAAUCUAAUCAGGCUGACCGCUCCUUCCCAGCAGGAUAUAUGGUGAGAAAACACAGAUGCUCCACUGUUUGUCAUCACAUGCAUUUUGUUCUGCAUUGCUCUGGUAAGGUCAGAUGUGAACAUGCAUCACAGUGUUCUUGUGUAAUGUGAGAUAGACUGAGGAUCUAUUAAACUUUACUGUGUAAGUAAUGCAAAAAAAAAAAAAAAAGAGAGACAAUUUUACACAAGUAAAUCUCUGUACAUUUUUGUUACAGUUGAAGACUGUUUGCCAGCCAGUAGUUGUGUCUAGUUCAUUUAAACAAAUCAGCCUUUAGAGACACAUCAUAUAAGUAAGUUUAAAUGACUGCUGAAAUCAGUGAAGGUCACACAAACCAAAACCAAUGUUUUGGCUGAGACGUUGUCUUCAUCAGGGUCAUCACAGUCAGCGGCGUCUUAGUGGAGACUAAAACAAGUCUGGAUUUACUCUCUCACCUACAGCUUUAGGUCACUCUUUUCCCUGUGGUAAAUCCAGCAUGUUUCCUCUAAUGAGCCUCUUAAUGGCUCUUUUGAAGUUCUGUCAGCCCCAAACGACCAGAGAUCCUCUGGGGGAAUUUCUGCUGAGGUGUUGACAGAGACCUCACCACCUUAUGUGUGGACGUUUGGGGAAGAGGCGGUUGGGUGAGGUGAGACCAGGGCAGGAUCCCCAGAUUCAGUCUGCAUCACAUGAUGAAAUUCAAAAAUUUAGGAAGUGGCUAUAAAUACCCUGGUGUGGUUGGUUUCCAUUUAGAUAUUUGCACAAUUUUCCGACAAUUACACCAGAAUCACAGUUCACAUUUCUGGUAUUUAGAGUCUCGCCUUGAUUUGGGGUAAAUGGGUAGUAUUAUUGUUCUAUAAAAAGUAUGUCACCUUCCAAAGGGGCACUUUACUUGCUUGCAAGACAAUUUUCCUGAAGGAGGGGGCUAUAAAAACCACAAUGCAGGAGACAGAACAUCAUGAUUGGUAAUAAUUUGCCAGGAGGUGGUUGUCAUAAAAGAAGGAUCUUGCUUGUGCCAGCACAACAGUCCUUCUAAAAUCAUCAGAGGCAUCACCAAACAAAUAACUAGAGGUGGAAUGAGAUCACUGGAAGGUGGGAGGUUAACUAAAUAACUGCCCCAACUACUCACAUGUAAUCCUCUGUAUUUCUCUGUCACCUCGAACCAUAAACAGGCCUUAUCACUUCCUGGAUGAGGUAUUUGACCAGAUCAGCUCUUGGAUGCAUUACAUCUUUGAAAUGAAACAAAAAGGAGAAGCAGGGUGUAACACAAAUUCUCCCAUCGCUGGUGUCAUGGUGUUAUCCAAAACAUUUAUACUAUACACAGUGUUCAACCUGUUAACCAAGGUAAAGCCCUUGCUGGUCUUAGAUAUAGUUCAGCCAUGUAAACAGGAAAUAAAAUUAGUUCAAAUUUCAUCCACAUUUAACAAAGUGUGUGCGUACAAUGCAGUCAUUGUUCUUCUCUUCAUUAACAACACGAGUCUGUAUCUUAAGGCAAGAAUUUGGAGCAUGUUUGUUCUUGAAAAUUGUGGUUGGAGCGUGCACGACAUUAGUUUCCAAGCCCAGCACUUCCCCAUGAAACUGCACAGAGGUGAUCUAUGAUGACUCAUGGAGAAAGACUGGUCUGUGGCUCAAACCCAAACUGAGAAUAAUCAUACCCUGGUUUCAGAACAGAAACAUAUUAAGAACAAAUGAGGAACAAAUUUAGUGAGGAUAUGUGGGUUGUGUGUGUGUGUGUGUGUAGACGUCAUUUAACAUUUUGAAAUACGUCAGAUGUGUAUCUGCAGCUUUGUGUUAAACCAAAAUGACACAGGUCCAAGCAUGAAAUGAAACUUGUGGGAAGUGAACAGUUCUGUGAAUCUACCUAGGAUUUCCCGUACACACUCACUCACAUCCUGACACACACAUUGUUGCAGUCACGUUUUGGGGCUGACAGAUUUAUUUCCCGUUAACACCACCUUGUAUGUUAAAGUCAUUCACUGCAGGUUAGCUCCACCCCAGCACAUCCAGUCUUCAAGUCUUUUGCUUCAGUUUGAGUGUUUCAACCUGACUGUUAGAGAAAAAUAUACAAUGCUCAGGUGUGUAAUGGUGGGACAGGUUGGGCUUUUCUUAGUCUCCCUCUGAAAACUCCUGGGAGCUUUAACCAAGUCUGAGCAGCCACUGUGAACACAUUAAUCCUCUCUUAUGGCUACAGCUCCUAACCAGAGAGGGCAGCCCACUGGUGCAACUGACAGUCUCAUGGGAGAUGGGAAAGGUCACUGGGUCAAACCCCACAGCAGCCUCAUGUCCUGCAUGUCCUGUCAAAGUGUCUUUUUAGCAAAUA